GAAUCGUCGAUUACGCGGGCAGGCGCAGUGAGGCACAGGCGGGCAGUGUGAGGAGCGGAGGCCUCGCCGUACACCUACCGGGAACUGAGCUAAGUGUUCGGCCUGAGCCGUCGACUCAUAUCCGGCCCGCGCAACCGGGCCUGGCCUAGCGACGUUAGUUAGGACGUCCAUUACUGCUUAUCUCCAAAGGGAGUAAGCGCGCAGGGUCCUCGGGCCACAGUGACCCGAGGAGGAGUCAGCCGGAUGGCGGCAGCGGGAGGUGGUGGAGGAGGAGCAGCGGGCACCGGAGGAAAGAUCCGAACCCGGAGAUAUCACCUCAGCUCCGGGAGGACCCCGUACAGCAAGAGCCGGCAGCAGGGCCAGCAGCAGGGUAUCAUCAGCCGUGUCACCGACACUGUAAAGAGUAUUGUUCCAGGCUGGCUGCAGAGAUAUUUUAACAAAGAGGAAGGGGUGCCUGGCAGAUCCGCAAACUUGAAUCGCGUUGAAGACCAUGUUGAUGACAGACAAAACGAAGAACAAAGUCAGAUCUAUGUCCAGGAUGAUCUACCUACGGCUGCAGAUGGCAGAGUCACUCCAGAGCCUGUUCGGACCCAGGAUGAUCAGUCCUCAAGUCGGUUGACGUUAAAUCUGCCCGAUGUAUUAACCCGGCCAUCACUACACAGAGCUAACCUAAACUUCAACAUCUUGGAUUCUCCAGCACUUAAUUGCCAACCCUCUACUUCUUCUAACUACCCUAUUGGCACUUCAAAUUUUUCACUGGUGAAGGAAAUUAAGGACUCUACCUCUCAACAUGAUGAUGAUAACAUUUCCACGACCAGUGGUUUUUCCUCACGGGCAUCUGAUAAAGAUAUUAUUGUCACAAAAAGUCUGAAUGCACCCCCACUUUGGUCUCCUGAAGCUGAUCGUUCACAUAAUCUUUCACAAAACUCUUCUAUGAACUCCAGGAGGCCCACAUUUAACCUUUCUACAUUUGGCACCCUAUCUCCGUCUCUUGGAAACUCAUCAGUCUUAAAGUCCAGCCAGCUUGGGGAUUCGCCUUUCUAUCCUGGGAAGACUACUUACGGAGGUGCAGCAGCUGCACGGACAUCAAGAAUCCGCAGCACUCCAUAUCAGGCACCCGUAAGAAGACAGGUGAAACCUAAGCCCGCAAAUAAUCAGUCGUUUGGUGUUACAAGCUCCACUGCACGGAGAAUUCUGCAAUCUUUGGAGAAGAUGUCAAGUCCUUUGGCGGACGCCAAAAGAAUACCAUCAGCCUCCUCUACUUCAGCAUUGACUCCGGACAGAAGUGUCGUCGAUGUUGCAGAUGGUUUAUCUAAAAGGAAAAGGGUGGAAGCCUCCUACCCUCCAGUCAAGAAGCUUGUGACGCCUAAAUCCGUUUCUGUCUCUUCAAAUGCAUCUUUGUACAUCAAACCUUCACUAACGCCAUCGUCUGUAACAAAUGCAAGUUCUCGCAGGACACAAGGAAUUGACAGGCACAGGGAACCCCCCAAAUAUCAUGCGUCUGAGGCACCUACGCCACAGCACACAGAAAGCUUCUCCUACCCCAGGUUCAGUACUCCGGCAUCAAACGGCUUUCCUUCAGGAAGAGGUGGAGGCAAAAUGAUGAGGGACAAAGGCUCCCAUUAUUCAACAAAGUCAGCAGACGAGGAGGUGGAGGCUCCUGAUUUGCCAGAAAUAUCUUUACCAAUAUGUACGACUGCACUUCCAAAAAUUUCCUUUGGUCUGCAGGCCAAGACUACACCGCCUGCUGCUGUUAGUAAAUCUGUUUUUAGCACAGCACAGGUCACCAACUCCCCAAGCAAUCCUGAAUUUACUUUCUCAUCUCCCAUUGUAAAAUCAACUGAAUCCAAUGCACAAUCUCGUGGGUCACCUGGUGGCUUUACAUUUAGUGUGCGCAUUGAAGUAUCAUCAGUCUCUCCCCAGACUAGUCAGAUACCUGCUGUGAGCAAUCCUGUUAAAUCCCCUGUUGCGAUGAAUAACAGCAACGCAAAGAAGACAGAAGAAGAAGAAUAUAGUGGAUUCUGUAAACCUGCAAAGACUUUAAAAGAGGGAAGCGUGCUUGACAUUCUGAAAAGUCCAGGCUUUUCUGCUUCAACAAGUUCCCAACAAACUACAACAACUUUUACCCCUUCUAAAAGCACAUCAUCCCCCCUUGCAAGGCCUCCUGCAGCCUUUGGUGAGAGCAGUAAACAGGCAUUGGGCAUUUGGUAUUGCAGCAAGUGUUUAAUCGAUAACAAGGCGUCGGACAGUAAAUGUGCGUCAUGCAGCGCUGCGAAAGAACUGCCAUCUGGAGACCAGCGGGAGUCCGCCUCUUCAUCAUCAAGCACCCCAGUUAAGAAGACAACAACUAUGACAAGCAUGCGAGGUUUUGGAGACCUGUUUAAAAAGGCUCCUGGAACCUGGGAUUGUGAUACUUGUUUAGUACAAAACAAAUCUGAAUCUACAAAAUGUAUAGCUUGUGAAACUCCCAAGCCUGGGACAGAAGCAAAAGCAGCCUUGCUGUUACUCCCCACAACAAAAUCUGAUAAGCCCACAGUUCCCGCUGACAAUGGUUUAAUAUCUGCAAGCCUUAAGUUUGAGGAACUGUCCCGGAAGCCUAUUGGAUCAUGGGAGUGCGAUGUGUGCCUUGUACAGAAUAAAGCAGAAGAUGGCAAGUGCGUUGCCUGCACCACCCCUAAACCAGGAACGUCUGCUACUGUAAGUACUUCUGCACUUCUGACUUCUGCACCUGCAACUCAGAAUCAACUUGGACUCUUGGAUCAGUUCAAAAAGCCAGCUGGAACCUGGGAAUGUGAUGUCUGUCUUGUAAAUAAUAAACCAGAAGCUGUAAAAUGUGUCGCCUGCCAGAGUGCCAAACCGGGAAGCAAAACUGAGCCAACAGGAUUUGGUACAUCUGGUUUGAGUGAAUCCACACUUCCGACCAUUAAGUUUGGGUUACCAUCAUCUAGCAACUCUGGAGAACUUAAGUCAAGUGCCUCCACGGACUCUUUAACAUCUGCUUCAGGUGGAUUUUCUUUCCCGAAAUUUUCUGGAGAGAUUAAGUUUGGUAUAAGUUCUUCCUCUUCUAAGUCAACAGAGGAAAAGAAAGAUACAGGCUUUAAAUUUGGGACAGCAACGGAAGAGAAGAAAGAAACCGGCUUUACAUUUGGGACUCCUAGUUCUACCAACAGUUCAAGUUCAACAUCAAACUUAUUUUGCUUUGGCAAGCCUGCCGAAAAGGACGCUACUGCUAAACCAGGUGAUACUCCAUUUGGGUCUGCACCCAGUGCAUUGUCUUCUGCCCUUAAACCAGACACUUCAGAAGGUCUUACUUCUAAUGAGAAAUCUAAUUUGACAGUGUCUUUUGGCUUCAAGGAGCUGGAAGAGAAGGAGACUCCUGUGUCAAGUGGCUUUACUUUUGGUAAAACAGAGCAAAAAGAGACCACGUCUCCUUUUGUUUUUGGGAAAAAAGAUGAGAAAUCUGAAAUUAGCACAACAACAGCAUCCGUUUUUGGAUCAAAGAAUGAGGGGGAACAGCCAAAGCCAUUUUUGUUUGGCAAGCCGGAAGCAGCCAAAGCUGAUGCUCCAUCGGUCUCUUUUAGUUUUGGUGUGCCUAACACUGCAGAGAAGAAGGAUGCAGAUCAGGCCGGAAAACCUGUCUUUUCUUUUGGCCUUCCUACUCAAACCACAGUAAACACAGGAGCCACAAAAGUAUUUGGAUUUCAGAGUAAUGGAUCCUCUACCACAACUCAGCCAAGCAGUAUUGGAAGUUCUGGCAGUGCGUUUGGCAGUGUGCAGCAGCCUAGCACCCAGACAAGCACCAGUGGCAUAUUUGGAAGUUCUGUGCUGUCUAACAGUACAUCUGCUCCCAGUGGCUUUGGCUCCCCUGCUCCAGCUAGUGCUCCCCCCAGCACUGGGUUUAGCACAUCUGCAGCAUUACCAGCUGCCACUGGCUCUACCAGUCUACUAAGUAGUGCAACAGCUUUGAACACACCAGCAAAUUCCAGCACGAUAUUUGGAAGUGCAGCUCCUUCCAUUGCUGCUUCUAGCUCCAGCAGUGUGUUUGGCAGCGCCGCCCCUGUAAAUACAACUAGUGCAAGCAGUGUAUUUGGUGCUUCCACAAACACGUCGGCAAGUUCCAGCAGUUUGUUUGGCAAUUCAAAUGCAUCCUCCAACUCUUCAGCCACGCCCUUUGUUUUUGGACAACCUGCCACCACAGCGAACACCUCCAUGUUUGGCAAUCCGAAUGAAUCGAAGUCUACUUUUGUUUUCUCUGGGCAGGAAGGUCAACCAGUGGUGACCUCUACAAGCACCGCUCCGGCUGCUGCAUCACCUUUUGUCUUUGGAGCAAAUGCUCAAAGUACCCCAGCAGCCCCAAGCUUCAACUUCACAGGAGCAAACACGUCAAAUGUACCAGGUACCAACUCCUCUCCCUUUAUCUUCGGUGGUGCAGCUGCCCCUGCUGCGACUACCACCUCUGUUCCAGCAUUUGGUAAACCUGCCAGUCAGGCAAAUGCCCCCCCAGUCUUCGGCUCCUCGACAUCUACUAGUUUGUUUCCCAGUUCUUCUCAGAAUGUCCCUGCUUUUGGAUCACUGACUAGCAACGUGCAGGCACCAGUGUUUGGGCAGCAAAGCUCUCAACCUGCUUUUGGAUCCAGUGCAGCUCCUGCUAGUGGUUCUGGAUUUCCGUUUGGGAGCUCAAACUUCAACUUUACAAGUGGGAAUUCACCAGGAGUUUUCCAAUUUGGUGCAAAUUCUGCCUCUACCCCAGCACAGCCUGCAAACUCUUCAUUUGUCUUUAACCAGGCGCCCCCUACAUUUAAUAUGGGGGCGAAUGGACGAACUGCAACCCCUUCUGCAAUUUCUAAUAGAAAAAUAAAGACGGCAAGAAGACGAAAAUAGGCUUGAAUGUGAUAAACCCUCCUGCCGCCCCCUUUUUUUUUUUUUUUUUUUUUUUUUCUCUUUUGGUUAGAAAAUAAAUACUCUUUAAAAAAAAUGGUGUCCUGCAUUGUGCAAAUACUGGAGUGUACCUCAUGCUGUGCUUAGUGGAAAUCAGAUCUGCCCAAAGACUUGCUGAAAGCCCCCGACCUAUGUCAUCCUUGUAACUAAACAUGUGAUGGUGAGGAGAAGAAUUUUUUUUUUUUUUUUUUUUUAA